AUGAAGGCUUUUUGCAUUGCGACUUUUGUUGUAUUUAUUGCUGCUAUCUAUGCGAACAUUCAUUUUUCUUUUUCAAAUGUGCCUACAAUACUCUCAAUAAAUGCGCACGAAAUAAAAAUUGAAGUUCAUAGAAAAGUUAAUAAGCCAAAAUUUCCAUCUUACGUUCGUAUUCAUGAUGGGACAACAAAGCAAUUAGUUUAUGAUGUCGACGUAAGCGCAAAUAAUAGCAAUAUCACAUAUUUCAAUCAGACAGUUACUUUUUCCAUACCGGAUUCUUUUCAAUGGCAUACAAAUACUGAAUAUAAUAUAGCAAUAGACGAGGGUGUCCUGUAUUCUGAUAGUCUAUCGAAUCCAACUGCUGAAUUUCAUCGAAUAUCUUCAAGUGCCAAAGUUAGUAACGAUGGAGAUCCAUCGACCAACGUGAGUAUAGCAACUCAUUUAACAUCCGACAGUACUCAAACAAAUGUGCUUUCUGAUUCUGACACGAGCAAUCCUACCACUGUGACAACCACCACAAAAUCUAGUACUACCACCGGACGAGCACUUGUACAAGGCGAACAGUCCGCAACACGUUCGGCACAAUUAGGGAUGAUCUUGGGUAUAAUAUUAUUUUUAGUAAUCGUCAGCGCUGAAAUAAUAUAUUUCAAAUAUGUCUAUCCUGGCAGACAACCGCGCGGCAUAUAG